AUGGCCCAGGUCGUUACGAUGACUGACCAGAUAAUACUACUAGAUCGUCGCAAUAUGUUAUUGUUCUACCCUCAAGUGUUAUUCAUCGCAGUCUCGUUGGUUUUGACAAACAGUGCCAAUGGCUUGCAACACACAGCUGCGGUGGCUUCGCCCACCGAUAGUGUUCCAAAAUGCGCUGCCAAUUGUGUCGCAAAUUUUAUCCAGACGGAGUACCCGGAUAAUGCAUGUUCCCGGGGGUUCGACACCAGUUGCCUGUGCAGGAUAUACGCAAAAUCCGGCUAUACAUUGGGAGAAGCAGCCUUGCGUUGUAGUCUCUCCUUUUGCUCCUUGGGGGCUGUGUUAAGUUCAACAGCCUAUAGUAUCUGCGAUUCGGUGGCCGGUGCUCUACCACGGACUCAUCCUACUAUCACUGCUACAGUUGUGGCCAUGAUGCCUACGCAAACAACGGCUGAAAAUACAGUAACACCCAGUUCUAUCUCGUCUUCAUCUUCGAGUCCUCUACACUCCCAAACCACGCAUACAUCACGUACAUCAACUCUCUUCACCACCGAGAGUCCGAUCUCAAUAAGUAGCACCGAACAGCACUCUUCUAGAAUUACUAGUGACCAGCCUCCAUCCCCGAGUGCGACAUCGAAAGAGAGCAAACUGAAUGCGGGAGCAGUCAUAGGGGUAUCGGUGGCCUCAGGUGUGUCGGGGUUUUUCAUUGUCGGAGUCAUUAUAUUCUUCUGUUGCAGGAAGAUAAGACGAAGGAACCAGCUGGCGAAAGGCAGGAAUUUCUUCGAGAUUGGCGGCUCCAUGUCAGAACCCUCUGAUUUUGCCCUGCCGUCUAGACGCCCAACUCCGGGACCAAACUCUUUGUCUGGUGUUGUAAAUCAGAACCUGGGAACCUCAAGAUUGAGGUCCCCGUUCGAGUACAGGCCUCAAAACCCAGCAGUGGUCGUUACAAGGCCAGGUAGUGACUAUAACAAUGGCCCGGCGAGAGGCGUUAGUCCAAGAAAGAUAGGGUUUGCAUUUUCGUCUAAUUCGGACCUGGAAGCUUCGCCGAGCCAGUCAUCUCCACGGACACUUUCUGACUUGUUGCCUGAAAAGCCUACUUAUGACCUUUAUCCGCAACCACUGCGAUGGAGUCAACAUAAACCUUCGAGACCUACCAGUGGUGAAACAGUGUUUGAAGAGGAUGUCACUAGGCCAAGAGGUGGCCCUGGUGCUCUCACUCUGUAUAUGAAUCCCUCGAGCUCGCCGGCUCGACAUGGUUCGACCCGCCAGUAUAAUCGAAUUCCAAUGACAGGAUUACCUGAUAACCCCCGUGCUAUGUUUCAUGGCUUUCAAGGGAAGCAUAAUAGAACUUUGGUCCCACGGAGCCCUGACCCUCGCAAAAAGCUUGUCUAUGCCAACGCGGGAGCAAGAAUCCAACCCCCUCAUCACAAUGAUAUAUGUGGUCACCAGUUGUAUCAACGCCAGCAGGGACUCUCUAUGUAUCAUGACAACAGUGUUGAUAAUUAUUGGCGAAAUCUCGACCAUGGAUACAUGAGAGGUGUCGGAAUGCGGCAGCCCCACAGUAUGGCGCGCCGCUCAUUUAAUGGCCCGGAAGCAAAUAGCAGUGCAUUGGACAUCCUAGGUGGCGAGUUUGAAACGAUUAAUAUCCACGAAAACUCAGGGGGGCCGCCGAAUGUUCCGUCACUCCGGGAGUUUCAGACCCCUUACUCCCGUAAAGGAAGCGCGAACACCGUUGAAUGUACUCCAGCGACAGGAGUAUUGUGA